AUGUUCGGAACCAAUAAAUGGCGACUCCUCACGAUUGUGGCGGGAAUUCUGCUGGCGCACGCCAUCGACUCCCCGGCCAGACCCGCCCGCACGGAGUCUCACGUGGGCGUGACACUGCACCGGCCGCAGGGCAAGACACCGCUGCUGGUGCACAAUCUCCUGGCGCCGCAGCAGAUCUUCUCGAAUGUGGACAACAUACGCUUCAUGGAGGUGUUCCAGGGCGCCGUAGGAACGCCCCAGGGCUCCUUUGGCUCCUUCCGCUUCCCGCCAACACCGCACAGCGGUGACACUCCGGCGAACGCCACAACCGCCACUCCCAGUGACAUUCUCCACCUGGAGUACCAUCACUCGAAGCCACGAGUGGACAAAUUCGACGCUGGGGAGGCCGAAGAUGAGCAGGAGACCACGACAGAAGCCUCCGCGAGGCGGAGUGGAGUGCCAGAUUACGGCCCAGCUGUGCAGAAGUACGACAACUUCUUCAUCCCGCAGGGAUAUCGAGAGGAUCACCUCAGCUUCGCCGAGUCUAUUGGCAUCUACCAGAGACCAUACAGUGAAGAUCAUCACGCUCACGACGCGCGAUACACGCGCGGACUCACGUUUCCCGAGGACUUCCCGCAAUCCUCCUCGCCUGCGCCACAACAGAGUUUCGCGCACGAGGACGUGACGCGGUUCGGGGAUGCCACAGGUGGGCCCAUCACGGGCCUCCAGCCAUCACAAGCGAUGCCACACAUCAUGCCACAGCGGCCCUACGGCGACUUUGGGGGCGUCGAGAAGCUCGGCAUUCGGGCGUUCGACGCCGUCACCUCGGCCGCCGUCACAUAUGACUCCUUCCGCCAUCCGCCGCGGCAGUUCUUCCCGCCGAAGUCAUACGUUGAGUACAGCGACUACCCGGGGCCGCCGAAGCCCAAGCACUUGCAGCAGCCGCAGCAGUUCUGGCGCAGUCGGACGCCAAGAGUGGUCUUUCCGCAGAAUGACGGAGUCACUUUCCCCUCGGGCGCCUCCUCAACGUCAAAUUACGCCAACGAUAACAUUGUCUUCCGUGAUCAAAAUUUUGGACUCAACGAAUUGGCGGCCAUUCAGGAUGUUCGCAAUGAAUUCAAUCUCCAAGACAUAGCCGACGAUCCCAGCAACGUCGAUCGAGCCGGUGAGGGCGUCACGUCAGAUAUACAUUGCCAACACGAAGGGGGCACAUGUGAGUUUUUCUUGCUGUGCUGGAUGUCGGGUGGCCUCCUGCAUGGCGCCUGCGGUGGCCUCUUGCGCGGCUGCUGCCACAGGACGGCCAAGUCGGCCAAUCUCGGCACGGCCGGCGACCUCAGCAAUACCGUCGAUCUGACGGAUCUUCCAAACAAAGAUUAUGGACCUGUUAUCAACGACCCCAGAUGUGGAAUUUCCAUUGCGAAACAAACAGCUCAGCGGAGGAUUGUUGGCGGUGAUGAUGCUGGAUUCGGAUCCUUUCCAUGGCAGGCGUACAUUCGAAUUGGCUCCUCAAGAUGCGGCGGCUCACUCAUUUCACGCCGACACGUGGUUACAGCCGGCCACUGUGUCGCACGAGCCAGCCCACGCCAAGUGCAUGUCACUCUUGGGGAUUAUGUGAUCAAUUCGGCCGUGGAACCCCUUCCGGCCUACACCUUUGGCGUCAGACGCAUCGAUGUCCAUCCCUAUUUCAAGUUCACCCCACAGGCCGAUCGAUACGACGUGUCAGUGCUCACCCUCGAACGGCCCGUCCACUAUAUGCCACACAUUGCUCCGAUUUGCCUACCGGAGAAGAAUGAGGAUUUCCUGGGGAAAUUUGGCUGGGCAGCCGGCUGGGGAGCACUGAAUCCAGGAUCUCGAUUGAGGCCAAAGACACUACAAGCCGUUGAUGUUCCUGUUAUAGACAAUAGGGUCUGCGAACGAUGGCAUCGAAGUAAUGGCAUCAAUGUCGUGAUUUAUCCCGAAAUGCUAUGCGCUGGCUAUCGAGGGGGUGGAAAGGACUCAUGUCAAGGCGACAGUGGAGGCCCUCUGAUGCACGAAAAGAGUGGACGAUGGUAUUUAAUAGGAAUUGUCUCAGCAGGGUACUCUUGUGCUAAUCGUGGCCAACCAGGAAUUUACCAUCGAGUCGCCUACACUGUCGACUGGAUCUCCUACGUAAGCAACUUGUAAGAAAUGACACAAUGUAGAGCCGACGAGUCAUCGGAAAGAGAAAGAGACUUAAAAGAGAAAA